AUGGGUGGUGCCAUGGGUGGUUACAUGAACAUGAUUGGAGGUUCCAUGAGUGGUGCAUUUGGCGGAAACAUAGGAGGUGGCUUCGGUGGCAACAUGGGAGGUGGCUUUGGCGGCAUGGGAGGUGCUUUUGGUGGCAACAUGAUGGGUGGCUUGGGAGGUGGCUAUGGCGGCAACAUGAGUGGCGUUGGAGGUGGAUAUGGCGGCAACAUGGGACGAAAUGAAGAUGGUUCCGGUGGUGCUCACGGCAACGAGAGUUCACCGCUUGUUGAGAACGUCGACAGACCUUAUUUUAAGUUCAGAGAAUCCGCCUUCACCCUUCGAAGAAAACAUGGUGGUGGUGGAGAUGAUGAUCAUACCACGGUUCACAACAUCGGUGGAGUUGAUGACCCGAAUGAGUAA